GUAUUCGUAUUCGUAGCAACUAACGUGCACGUGUUCUGAAAAACAAAGAAAAAGAAGAAAAAAUGGUCGUGAAGAUUCGUAUCAAUCUGAGGUGUAUCGUGGAGCAUAUUCACCCAUCAUCAUCGUCGUCAUUAUCAUCAUCAUCUUACAAUCUUCUACAUCUCAAUCAAGUUCCUCUGAAUGGAUUUUCGGAAGGUUCGGAAAAAGACAGAGAGAGAAUUUUAGGUUUGCAGGGAUGCAAAGUAACAACAGCAACAGCAACAGCAGCAGCAAUAGCAGCAGCAAUAGCAGCAGUAGCAGCAGCAGCAGCAGCAGCAGCGAGGAUAUAUUCGUCGUAUCGAUUCGUGGCCGCAGUGGUGGUGAUUUCAACGACGAUGCUGGACGAGCACAAGAAGGAUGAGGAGGUUGAGGAGGAGGAAGCUUGGAAAUCGGGGGAUGUGGAAUACGGAGAACGAGGAGGAGGUUUGCCGGUGGUGCUGAUUUUGUGUUCUAUGUAUGUGUCUUGUGUGUGUACGAAGGUGGGCUCGUAUUGGUAGAGAACCACCGCUGCCACCGUCGACGUGUUUCGCAGAGAGGAGAUGGUUGUAGGUAGGCGGUUAGGUAGGU